AGACGGCUCUGAGACGCUUCUGCACAUUGGAAAAGUUUCUUCUCUGUCACGCCUCUCAAAAAGAGGAUUUGGUAAAAUCCCAAUAAUAGGGAGACAACCAAGCAGUUCUAUAGAGUGGAAAGUGUUUCCUCCAGUAUGGUCCCCCUGUGAGCUGAAGAGUCGUAUUCACUUUAGGGCUGAAGGAAAUGAACCUUAUCAGGUUUGUCCCCUGGUUUUGGUGAUUAGUUGGCAGACAUGGCAGACUGGAACUUGUUGGGGAAGCUGCUGGAAAGUGCCCAGGAACACUCCACCGUUGUUGGCAAGGUCUGGCUGACGGUGCUGUUCAUCUUCCGCAUCCUGGUGCUUGGAGCAGCCGCGGAGAAGGUUUGGGGAGACGAGCAGUCUGGGUUCACAUGUGACACCAAGCAGCCCGGUUGUCAGAACGUCUGCUAUGACAAGACCUUCCCCAUAUCUCACAUCCGCUUCUGGGUGAUGCAGAUCAUCUUCGUCUCUACGCCUACUCUUAUUUAUCUGGGCCACAUCCUUCAUCUGGUACGCAUGGAGGAAAAGGAGAAGGAGAAACUCAAGGACCUUGAUAUCAAGAAUGAAAAACAGCAGCAGUUAAUCAGCUUUAAGCCCAAAAAAGCCUCAGUUAAAGACAACCAGGGCCAUGUGCGAUUGCAUGGUGCUCUGCUGCGAACGUAUGUCUUCAACAUUAUCUUCAAGACUCUCUUUGAAGUGGCGUUCAUUGUAGCUCAGUACUUCCUGUACGGAUUUGAGCUGAAGCCAAUGUACACCUGUGACCGCUGGCCCUGCCCUAACAUGGUGAACUGCUACAUCUCUCGACCCACAGAGAAGACGGUUUUCAUCCUUUUCAUGCUGGCAGUAGCUUCAGUAUCCCUACUCCUCAAUCUGGUGGAAAUGUACCAUUUAGGUUUCAAAAACUGCCACCAAGGUCUUCGCUACAGACGGUCAAAGAAGGAAAGAGAAGCUACCAAGGCCCUGACUGAGGGGGUCAUACCUUUCGCCCCAAACUACACCUACUUCACAGGCCACUCUACUGUGGCCGAGCCUUUUCCGGCAGACUCCAAGUACCGCACAGCAGAGCCAGACUCCGCUUACAGCCCCUACAACAGCAAAGCAGUUUACAAGCAGAACAGAGACAACUUGGCCGUGGAGAGAAAAGGCAGAUCAGAGGUAGACGAUUCAGAGAAAGCGAAAACAUCCAGUCCUGUUACUGAGACUCCUGUUGAAAGCCAACGUAGAAACAGUCAGUCAAGCAAGCACAGCAACAACAAGGGCAGGAUGGACGACCUCAAGAUCUAAGAAGUUCGUCUUCAGUCCAAAGCUCAGGGACGACGGGAAAAAGCCAUUGCAGCAUUUCAAAACAUAUCCAUCUGAGUUCCACAGAUUUAACCAUUGUAGUAAACAGUAUCAACAGUAUCAAAAGGCUUAGACAAAGCAGGCUAAGAAACGACAUGUUGUCUUCCAUUAAAGAAACAGAAAUAAUCUUCAAGCCCACACACCAGUAAUUCAAAAUGUCACUAGAUCAGAAUGGAUUAACUGUUUCAGUGACACAGAGAUCAGACACAACGCUCACAGUGCCUCAAAAAAGUCUUGACCUUUUCAUAUUUUGUCACAUUACACCACAACUUUAAUAUUUUCCAACGGAUUAAAGCGAUAGACAAAUAAUU